AUUAAUUAAAAAGAAAAAAGAAAAAGAAACACACAGUAUAGUGUGUUGUGUGUGUGUGGCGCACAAUAGCCACCACAAGUCUAUAAAAUCCUAUCCCAGUAAUUUUUUUCUUCUCACACACCACCCCCAACAAAAAAAAUAAUAAUGGCUGACCCCCUGAGCUGCGCCGCCGCAGACCUCCUCCCCCUCCUCGGCGGCGGCGCUGCCAACGCCAACGCCACCGCCGCGGCAGCCUUCAUAUGCAGCCGCUUCGCCGCCGCGUCGGAGAAGCUCUCCGACUCGACGUACGCAAUCAACAGCACGUACCUCCUGUUCUCGGCGUACCUGGUGUUCGCGAUGCAGCUCGGCUUCGCGAUGCUCUGCGCCGGCUCCGUACGGGCCAAGAACACCAUGAACAUCAUGCUGACGAACGUCCUCGACGCCGCCGCCGGCGGGCUGAGCUACUACCUCUUCGGCUACGCCUUCGCCUUCGGCGGCCCAUCAAAUGGGUUCAUCGGAAAACACUUCUUCGGCCUCAGGGAAUUCCCUUCGCCGACGGCGGAUUAUAGCUUUUUUCUUUACCAGUGGGCUUUCGCCAUUGCUGCAGCAGGUAUAACAAGUGGGUCCAUCGCAGAAAGGACACAAUUUGUGGCAUAUUUAAUCUACUCCUCUUUCCUAACCGGUUUUGUGUACCCGGUUGUCUCUCAUUGGUUUUGGGCCGGAGACGGUUGGGCCGGUGCAGCCAAGUCGAGUGGCAAACUUCUCUUCAACUCGGGUGUGAUUGAUUUCGCCGGUUCAGGUGUGGUCCACAUGGUGGGCGGCAUUGCCGGUCUAUGGGGUGCCCUAAUCGAGGGUCCUCGAAUCGGCCGGUUCGACCAUUCUGGUCGAUCCGUCGCGCUGCGAGGCCACAGUGCCUCGCUGGUGGUGCUCGGCACUUUCUUACUGUGGUUCGGUUGGUACGGGUUCAACCCCGGUUCGUUUCUAACCAUAGUUAAGUCGUACGGCACUGGCAGUGGGGCCUACUACGGCCAGUGGAGUGCGAUCGGGCGGACAGCUGUCACGACUACACUGGCCGGUAGCACCGCGGCCCUGACGACCCUUUUCAGUAAAAGGGUCCUCGUGGGCCACUGGAACGUGAUUGACGUGUGCAACGGGUUGUUGGGCGGGUUUGCCGCCAUCACCUCCGGCUGCGCGGUGGUGGAGCCGUGGGCGGCGAUCGUGUGCGGUUUAGUGGCGGCGUGGGUGCUUAUCGGGCUCAAUAAGCUGGCGGAGAGAUUGAAGUACGAUGACCCGUUGGAGGCGGCACAAUUGCACGGCGGGUGCGGUGCAUGGGGGGUUUUGUUCACCGGAUUAUUUGCAACGAAAGAUUACGUGAACGAGGUUUAUCCGGGUCGGCCCGAUAGGCCGUACGGGUUGUUCAUGGGCGGUGGUGGGAGGCUAUUGGCCGCACAAAUUGUGGAAGUUUUGGUGAUUAUUGGGUGGGUUACGGCUACAAUGGCACCGCUAUUCUUGGCUUUACGAAAAUUGAAAUUGCUUAGGGUUUCGAACGAGGAUGAAACGGCGGGAAUGGACAUGACUAGGCAUGGAGGGAUGGCGUAUAUUUACCACGACGAAGGCGAUGAUUAUAACAACAAUAAUUCCAAUUUGCCACAAUUCAAGAUGAGCCGGAUCGAACCGGGGGAUACUCCCACGCCGGAGUAUCACCCCUAAUCGACCCGACCCGUGUGUGAUUUACGUUCCGAAAUUCUCGAUACUUAUUAUAAGGAAGUCAAAUUAGGUUAGUUAUUUAGAAACUCACUAUUCAAGUGGUUGCAUAAAUAAGCCAAAUUGCUCUUAAUUUUUUCUUGUAUUGAUGUUUUUGGCAAUGGGAUGGAGAGAUACUAGUUUGUAAAUCAAUUAUAUAUUAUAUGUUUUUCUUUUAUAUGAUUGGUUCACAAUCCAA